AUGGCAAAUCUCGAUAAUCUACCACCAGAGAUCUUAUGCGUCAUCGCAGAGGAAUGCGAAGUUGCAGCGCUAUACGGAAAGAACCCGGGUACCAAGUACAGAUACCAUGCCCACCUUGCUCGCGCAUGUCGGCGUCUGCACCAAAUCCUCAACCCACUUCUGUAUCAGCGUCACAUAAGAAACGACCCGCCUCUUGAUUGUUGUAUACUUUGGGCAGCCGAAACAGGUUCCUUGGGGACAAUGAAACUCGCACAUCGUUUCGGAGCCAGCUUGGAUACUAAUGGCACCCGUGAUAGCAAAGACCUCCAGCUCCGCUGGGACAGCAUACCUGGCCGUCGUAGGUACUUCGCGACACCGCUUCACUUUGCUAUCCGAAAUAAUCAUCAACAGAUUGCGGACUAUUUACUGGAGAAUGGGGCAAACCCCCAUGUUCCAUCGAGAGACUUUGCUAGUUAUGAUCUACCGUUUGUUCUCGAAUGUGCCGCUGGGUUGGAGAGCAAAAGAAAGCUUGUAAAGCAUGGAGCAACCCUUCUACGACAAAAUCAGCCGGCAUUACCUGUUUUUGCAAGCAGAGGCUAUGAGUCGGAUCUUUUAUGCCUUUUCUUGGACCAUCAUGACACGGAGUUGACGUCGCAAGCAUUGCGUUGCGCAGCCCAAUACAAUAUCCCGGAGCUGUUUUACGGUGCACUUAACAAGCCGGAGCUAAAUGCGUCCAACGCGGAUUCAUCGGACGGCAAAACAGCUCUGCAUUAUGCAGCAUCAUCGGGGAAUAAGGCCUUUGUGGAAGAGCUUCUUGCACGAUCCGAUGUCGAUGUCACUGCACAGGAUAAGAAAGGGCAGACGCCUCUCCUGUGUGCAGCAACAUGCGGUGUGACACUCAUCGUAGACCUUUUACUGAAGCAGCCCGGCGUAGACAUCCUGGCUACCGACAAAAGUGGCUGUACAAUACUACACUAUGCAUGUGAGGCUGAUGGUGACACGGCAAACAUGAGGUUGCUCAUUGAGCGACUGAUUCAAGUUGGUGUUGAUGUCAAUCACUCCUCACAAACUGGAACCGCGCUCUUCCACGCGUUGAAACACGGCAACUUGCACACAGCCUUGUUUCUGAUUUCAAACGGCGCUGAUCCGACCGUCGGUCGGCAAGUCGACAACUCAGGUUGGACAAUGCUCCAUCAUUCUCUAUACAAGAAGGAGCAUAUGGAAAUUCGAACACAGCUAGUCCGGGAAAUCGUAUCCCGUGGCGCCAAUCUGGAGCAUGAUGCCGAAUAUGAUGCCGAAAAAUUAUUGGGCAAGGAUCUCGAGAACGAAUGGAUGUACCUCGGGACUCCUCUCCAUUUUGCUGCCGUCUAUGCCGAGAGUGUUGAAUGUAUGAAAAUUUUGAUCGACGCAGGAGCAGAUCCUAGUAACGGUGCGCUUUGUGUCGGCCAUGAUGAUGCGGAUACUAUCAGUUCGGGCGAUGUUCACCCAGCUCUCUGUGCUCUCUUUCAAAUAUGCUUGUUUGAAAAAUGUCCGGUACAGCGAGGAGGAAACAUCGAACAGUUGCGGGAUCGCGUCUGCUUGCUUCUAGAUCAUGGAUACAGUUUGGAUUUUGGUGGUACUGGGAACUCAGCGGGAUGUCCGCUGGUUUGGGCCGAGCGCCUGCAUUACCCCCAGGCUGUCAAGUUGAUACUCGACUAUGCCUCCAGCAAAAACAUCACCUUUGGGCAUUUAAUGCAUCACGCCAGGCAGCUUGAGAACGACGAUCGGACAGAGUCCCAGGAGAUCUGGCGCAUGUUGGUCGACUUUAGACAGAGAGAAUAUCUUGGCUAUGAGUCUGAUGAAGACCAAGACUAUCAUUUGGAUGAUUGUGUACAGAAUGAAGAGGAGGAGGAGGAGGAGGAGGAAGAUUGA